AUUUUGUCACUGAGAAGAUAAAGCUCGGCCGAGACAGUACCAGGCUGAAGUUGAAGAAGAAGAAGAAGAGGAAGGGCAGCGACGAAGAGCCAAAAUUCACCCACAAAGCCAUGUCCAGUCUGGUUACCUCAUCAACACUUUGUCUUCUUCCCACACAAUUUUCUCCUUACAGAAAUCACAGAAUACUUUCAGCCUUUCCCACAAUUGGUCCUCCUUUUCUCCGAAAGAAGCUGCUUGCAUGUUCUUUCUCAAGGUGCAACAUAAAGGAUGAUGGAGACCAGAAUGGAGAUGCUCUGCAUUAUAGGCAGAACUUGAGGCGGGCAUUUCUUUUUGUUUUUCUGACAUUAGGCUUGUUUCCAACAUCACCUUCACUUGGAAAGCCAAAAAUUAAAAACCCAUAUGAUGAAAAACGCUUACUAGAACAGAAUAAGCGGGUACAGAAGGAAAACAAUGCACCCGAAGAAUUCCCCAAUUUUGUUAGAGAAGGUUUUCAGGUAAAAGUAGUGACAUCAGAAAACUAUGUAAAAAGUGACUCGGGCCUUAUAUACCGGGAUUUUGAAGUUGGUGAAGGUGAUUGCCCAAAAGAUGGUCAACAGGUGACUUUUCACUACGUUGGUUAUAAUGAAUCGGGCAGGCGUAUUGACAGCACCUACUUACAGGGUUCUCCUGCCAAAAUCCGAGUGGGCACUAAAGCUCUUGUCCCAGGAUUUGAAGAAGGAAUUCAAGACAUGAGACCUGGAGGUAAAAGGAGAUUAAUUAUCCCUCCAGAACUCGGACCCCCUGUUGGGCCUUCCACCUUUUUCAGUGCAAAGCAAUUUGAGGUUUUUGAUGUGGAACUGCUUAGCAUUCAGAACUGUCAAAGGAGGACAAUUGCCUUUUACUCUGAUGUUGUGUGUGAGUGAUUGAAUGGUGAGCCUUUAUUGCAUUGUAAGAUGAUAAUUUUUUUUGGCAGAUGUUGAAAUGCACAAGUACUAUCAAGCAGGGGAUUGGCCAUCACUUACAUUAAAAGGCAAUAGGAAUAUAUAUAUAUAUAUAUAUAUGAAUAUGUAU